AUGGGGCUUCGUUUCUCUCUAACGGAUAGUCUUGACGGGGCUCUUGAAGUUACUGGCGGCUUGGAGCUGGAGUUGGGUGUACCUUUCCCUCAGAAUGAAGCCAACGCCAUGGACGUGGUCGUACAGUACGCCAUCCAUCGCCUUAACUUCAAGGUCGAAGAUAUAAUUAUGUACGCCUGGUCUAUCGGUGGUUUCACAGCUACCUGGGCGACGAUGACCUACCCAGAGAUCAGCUCUCUGGUCUUGGAUGCUUCCUUUGAUGAUCUGAUACCCCUUGCGUUGAAGGUCAUGCCAGAGAACUGCAAGGGUCUGGUUACGCGGACAGUUCGAGACUACUUGAACCUCAACAAUGCAGAGCAGCUGUGCAAGUACCAGGGGCCUGUGUUACUGAUCAGGAGGACGAAGGAUGAAAUAAUCACAACCAUCCGUGCUGGUCACAGCCUGUCUUGUGACGCCAACACCGUCGAGAGCGCCAACGGAAGCUCAGCACUGUGGGGGUCUUACGGGCGGACCCUCGCUGUACCCCGCGGCCAGUUGGAUAGACCCUGA